AUGACAACGAAAUAUAGCCUUCGAGUUCUAGUUCCAUCACCGGUCGACGAUGCCGAAAUACCUGCACAGUACGAGGACAUCCUCGACGUGUCUUUCGCCGACUGGGAGACAAAGACAGCACCGAAGAAGCUGAUCCAACAGGUAGUCCCUCGGACGCCACAACUCCCCAUCUCGUACUCAACCGCCCCACCCGUCGCCGCCGAAAGUCUGCCACCGUGGGUCUUUUUCGUAGACCACUACUCCACCGCCACUUCCGUUCCAAUACCGAAGGUGGAUAUUGUCCGAGCAUUGCCGAGCACCUUCCGCUCGGCAAUCCAUCCCGGCGAUCGCGGCACUCCGCUACCCCUCUGGUUAUUGGACUUGUGGCGACGCCUGCGUAACGUCCAUACCGUUCGGUCCAACGUCGAGCGUGGAAUGGAGUGGGUCAGCGAAUAUGGACGACAGGAAGACGUCAACACAGAAGUCAUCGAAAGAGACCUUGAGCCCAUUCUAGAGCUGCCGGCGCUGCUCCACCCUUGGUGCGACCUCUUCUCGCAAUUGACCACCGACGACUGCGACCUCAAUGACGACUUGAUGGACGCAGUCGUAGCUGUCGUGAGGAAUAAUAUCCACGUCAUCCCCCGCCCUUUCCACAUCUAUUCCGCUAUCGUGACGCAACUGUCACCGGUAGCCUUGCUGGACCUCUUCGGCAGACUCGCGGCACGUGGCGACUUUACUACUGACAGCGUCAUCUGCCUGCCGUGGCGUAUUCGCGGUGACUGGAUAGUCGUACUCAUCGACAUCCCCGGUGACGAGAUCCGAAUUGGUCACUGCGUCCCCGAAAACGAUCAUGACGGCAUUCUCGAGAUUGCCAAGCGAACAGCAAUCCGAAUCGCUCAUACCGUAGAAGUGUCGGUCCGCCAGACUCACACCGACUGGUUUGUUCACGAAUAUUUCCGUGAAGCCGGCCCUUUCCCGUCUGGUCUUGCCGUUGCGGUAGCCCUGCUUAGUAACAUCUUCGACUGUGUCAAAGCCUUCUCGCGCGAAACAGAGCCAACACAUCGCAUAGAAGUCUUCUAUGGUAUAGUGGAACACUACCCCAUAAAACCGGUCAUCGUGGAAGAUCACAAGCUGAGCUUGUGGGAGAUUCAGGGGGGAGCACGAAGUGUGUCGUUACCGGCCACUUCUGACGAGAAGGAUUGUUGCUCGCCAUCGCCGGGGGUGGACUCGGCAUUUGCGUCAUCCACGUCCGUUGAGGAAAUUCACCGCUCGCUAUCGCCGGUAGCGGACUCGGCGGUUGCGUCCCCCACCAUUCUCCACUCUCCACCAGUCUUCACCCGGACGCUGGCGCACCCCUCGACGCCCCUUUGCAACCCCCGGCAUUCACGCGUGAACUAG